AUGGAUGGCAUCAUGGAAACACCUCUCCCUUUCGUAUGGAAGCCACUCCACAUCGACCGUUACGACGGCACAACAGAUCCAGACGAGCACAUCGACCUAUAUACUACACAGUUACCUGUCGAGUCGAUCGAUAGCUUCGGCACUCUAGUCAGACGAUUCACGACACAGUACGCGACAAGCCGACCUCAUCACAUUACUUCAGCAGCUUUGGCUAGUCUCAGGCACGGCGACGAUGAACCACUACAGACUUUCAUGGAACAUUUUACUGGCAUCUCGGUGAAAAUUCGAAAUCUGAAUCUCAAGGUCGCCCUACAUGCCAUGCUUAUGGUACUCAAGUCGGGACCGUUUAUAGACAGCCUAUGCCGAGAAGCCCCUCACGACAUGGACGAGCUCCGUGCUAGUGCUGCUGACUACAUCCAGAUGGAAGAGCACUCCGCUUUUCGUGACUAG